AUGAGUGUCAAGCUCAUUUUUUGGAAUGUUCGAGGCCUAAAUGACCCGAACAAGCAUAGAUCCUUUGUAUCUUGGCUAAAUACUAAUAAACCACUUUUUGGAGCCCUCUGUCCUACCUGGAAAUUCUACUCGAAUCAUAACUCUGAUCCUGAUGGUCGGAUCAUCCUAAUCUGGGGAGACACUCUCAACGUCCAGAUCCUCUCUCAAAGCUGUCAGUGCAUCACAUGUAAACUAUGCUUCCCGAACCAACAAUCUACUUACUACUCAGCUCUCUACGCUUCGAACUUAAGCUCUGAUCUGGCUGAUCUAUGGAGAGAACUCAUCCAUCUCCAAUCAACUCUUGAUUUAGACAACAACAGCUGGAUCCUAGGAGGAGACCUAAAUCAGAUAAUCCAUCCAAUGGAACAUUCUGAUCCUGAUAUCACUGUCCCUGACUAUCUCAUGUUUCAGCUGCGAGAUUGUUUCACUCAACUGGGGCUCUUCGAUCUUCGAUUCAUUGGUCCCACUUUCACUUGGAUCAAUUCUCAUCCCUCAUUCCCAAUCCCUAAGAAAUAUGAUAGACUGAUGGUGAACAACUCAUUUGUUGCUUCCUUCCCCCAUGCCAUAUCCUCCUUCCUCCCUCCCUUUUUCUCAGACCACUCACCCUGUGUACUUGACCUAGCUUUUAGCCUUUCUUUAGCUGGUUCCAAACCCUACAAGUUCCAAAAUUACCUCAUCAAACACCCUGGUUUCAUUCAGCUUCUACAAGAUGCAUGGAUUCGUACUGGAAACGUGUGUCAAACUCUACCACAAAUGUGUUGGAAGCUAAAACAAAUCAAGAGUGCUCUAAACCUUUUAAGCAAAGAUAAUUACUCUAAAAUUCAAGAGAGAGUGAGCGAAACUAACAGUUUGUUGCAAAUUGCGCAUGUCCAAGCUCUGCAAAACCCAUAUCAUGCCAUGUUCCAAGCUGAGAGAGACCUGCAUCAAAAAUGGAACUUCUUACGAGAGAUCGAGGAGAUGUUUUUCAGGCAAAAAUCAAGGAACAAUUAA